AUGGCUCCCAAAUUUGACCCAGUACUCGAGACUGAGAUGGAGAAGAUCAACACCCCGCCUCUUCCCGAACGGCUACCCCCUCGCCCCCACAAGCAACUCAGUCAGGCCAAGUUCGCCGGAGAAGGAUACAAUCCAUUCUCCGCCCAAGGCGGAUGGCCCACCUCUCGACCACCCAAGAUGCAGUCAACCGCAAUGGUACGCCGACGCGCAGACCUCGAGAUGCUACGUCAUGGACACAUCUACGAUCUUGAUCCAUUCGUGUGUGUCGGUCCAAACACGGACAAUACCGAGUGGGAGGCGAAGCGGAAAGCCAUGAGACAAGAAGUCUACAACAUGAACUACAAGUUCGUAGGCAGCCCAGAAUCGUUUCUCAGGGUGACAAUCGAGUCGGAGAUCCGCAUCGAGAACAUCAAGGACCUCGCCCAUAACUACUAUCGAGAAGGCCGGCGUCUCAAAGCACUGAGUCCCCCGGAAGAGACAGCAGCUGAAAAAGCGGCCCGUGAGCUCCAGGCUCGGGCUUAUAUAGCCAAGGGUGAGCGCGCGGCUCUCGUACUGGAACAUUGGGCCGACCAGCAACUACAAGAUGCUAUUGCUCAGCUUUCAAAACUGAACGCAGAUCCGAAGGCGUCGAAGGCAAAAAAGCAAGCGCAGACUCUGGACGUUGAAUGGGCUCGUGGCUACGCUCAACCCUACCUGAACGACCUGCGUGCGGUAUUUGUAGCAGCUGACCACGGCCUACCUCUGGAGAAGACACUGUUUGGCUGGCGGGGCUACGAAUCCAGGUGCGACUUCUACGACCAGGUUUUCGAUACUAAAGACAGGAUCUUUUCUGCGUAUGGUUGUUUCGAGGCGUGCAACCACUUCGCGGCGAACAUGAAGAAGGGCAAGGCCCGAACGCUGCUCAUGAACAAACUAUAUGUAGCGUGCGAACAGCUCUGGCGCCACGUUGUUUCGCCACGCAUACGCAUGUGGAACAUCCUUUGUCUCUCAGAUCCUGUACUGCGCUUGUCAAUAAACAUCAAGACCGAUGUUCCGGCUAUAUACGCGGCUUUGGCAUCGCUGGAUAUCACGGCAGGCUUUGACAAGCGUACGUUCGGCGGCGUGGAGGUUAUCAAGGUGCCGUUGGCUCGGUAGUGUAGUGGAGGCGUCUCCUGAAGUGGAGUCAUAGAAGUCCGGGGCUUCUUCAAUAUUGCAGAAUACAAGCAGGCCAAACGAUAACUUAU